GCGUGAACCAGUGAUGCAGCCCCUUCUUUUCUUUUAACCCAUUCAUAGCCAAGUCCUGCUCUGUAGAACUAUGGUCAUUUGCUUAUAUCUUUACACUAAAGUCAGACUCAUGAUGAAUUGUUCAUUAGUGAGGUCCAACAUUGCAACUAAUACAAUGCCCUGUACAUAAUAUUUAUUAAAUAAGUGAUUUUUUUAAUAAGUAGGGAUUUAGCAACCAUUUUUAGCCCAGUGUAUCUCAAUAUUCUGCACCUGGAAACAAAAACUAGGGCACAAAGCCAUACCCCAGACCAAAUAGAUCAGAUCCUCUGGGGAUGGGGCCUGGACAUUUUUUAAAGCAUAUAUAUGAUUCCGUGUGCCACAGGGUAUAGUUGAGAAUCACUGAUGAAUUAAAUUUGCUCCUUUUUUUUUUUUUUCCAGGGAGAGAGUGGAGGCUCAAAAUCAUGAUUUCAUACUUGAGAAAUAGAUUUGUGUUACACAUUUUCUGUAGUCGCUAGUUCAGUGGGGGAAAUUGUUAUAUCCCAGCAUAUUUGCUGUAACUAUAUGCUAAGACUGAUUGUGAUCAGUACAUUGUACUAAACUGGAGAAAUGUUAAUUUCUUCCAAAUUUCAUCUUUUAGGGGCCUAAAGUAAUGGCAUGAUACAUGAUUUUUAUGGAGAUGUGCUGGAUGACUUGUCAUAAUAUCUCCUAGGGAGGAGACUGUUGAAACUGAAUAGCUAUCUGGUUUCCACCUGUUAACUGUGUAUUUUCAGUAACUGUUCUAUUUAGGACAUUACAAACCCAAAGUAUGUUUCAUAUUGCCCUAUGUCUGGGGAUAAAAAAAUUUCAAAAGAGGUCAUUUUACACUUUUUCCACUGUUUCAUCCUCACAACUACUCUCAGAGGAGGGUAGGGCAGGUAUCAUUAGCUCUAUUUUACAGAUGAAGAGAAACUCAGUCACUAAGGUCAUGUAUUUGUCAGAGCACCAUAACAUGGUGUGGGAAGUGAAGACAAAUCAGAUGCCUAAUGCAGUACAGAAACUCCUGUUGGUGAUGGACAAGAGAGCCUCAGGAAUGAAUGACUCAUUGGAGUUGCUGCAGUGUAAUGAGAAUUUGCCAUCUUCACCUGGAUAUAACUCCUGUGAUGAACACAUGGAGCUUGAUGACCUUCCUGAACUUCAGGCAGUUCAAAGUGAUCCUACCCAAUCUGGCGUGUACCAGCUGAGUUCAGAUGUUUCACAUCAAGAAUACCCAAGAUCAUCUUGGAACCAAAAUACCUCAGACAUACCAGAAACUACUUACCGUGAAAAUGAGGUGGACUGGCUAACAGAAUUGGCAAAUAUUGCGACCAGUCCACAAAGUCCACUGAUGCAGUGCUCAUUUUACAAUAGAUCAUCUCCUGUACACAUCAUAGCCACUAGCAAAAGUUUACAUUCCUAUGCACGCCCUCCACCAGUGUCCUCUUCUUCGAAGAGUGAACCAACCUUCCCUCAUCACCAUUGGAAGGAGGAAACACCAGUAAGACAUGAAAGGGCAAAUAGUGAGUCAGAAUCUGGCAUUUUCUGCAUGUCCUCCCUGUCAGAUGAUGAUGAUUUGGGAUGGUGCAAUUCCUGGCCUUCAACUGUCUGGCACUGUUUUUUGAAAGGCACACGACUGUGCUUUCAUAAGGGAAGCAAUAAGGAAUGGCAAGAUGUUGAAGAUUUUGCUAGAGCUGAAGGCUGUGAUAAUGAGGAAGAUCUUCAAAUGGGCAUUCAAAAGGGCUAUGGUUCUGAUGGUCUAAAGUUGUUAUCACAUGAAGAAAGUGUAUCAUUUGGCGAGUCUGUACUGAAGUUGACUUUUGAUCCUGGUACAGUAGAAGAUGGUUUACUUACCGUAGAGUGUAAGCUGGACCACCCUUUCUAUGUUAAAAAUAAAGGUUGGUCAUCAUUUUAUCCAAGCUUGACUGUGGUACAGCAUGGCAUUCCAUGUUGUGAAGUUCAUAUUGGCGAUGUAUGUCUACCUCCUGGACACCCCGAUGCCAUUAAUUUUGAUGAUUCAGGUGUUUUUGAUACAUUUAAAAGCUAUGACUUCACACCUAUGGAUUCUUCCGCAGUUUAUGUGUUAAGUAGUAUGGCUCGCCAGCGUCGUGCAUCUUUGUCUUGUGGAGGACCUGGUGGUCAAGACUUUGCAAGAUCUGGAUUCAGUAAAAACUGUGGCUCACCUGGAUCAUCACAGCUCUCUUCCAAUUCUUUGUAUGCUAAAGCUGUCAAAAACCACAGCUCAGGGACUGUGAGUGCCACUUCUCCUAAUAAGUGCAAAAGACCAAUGAAUGCCUUCAUGCUUUUUGCCAAAAAAUACAGAGUUGAAUAUACUCAGAUGUAUCCAGGGAAAGAUAACAGAGCCAUAAGUGUGAUCCUUGGUGACAGGUGGAAGAAAAUGAAGAAUGAAGAGAGAAGAAUGUACACAUUAGAAGCAAAGGCUUUGGCUGAAGAACAGAAACGUUUAAAUCCUGACUGUUGGAAGAGGAAAAGAACCAAUUCAGGCUCACAACAACAUUAAACCAGGAUGCUUAUGUUCUUAAGUCUAUUUGCAUAUACAUUGACUCUUGAUGGAAAGACUUAAGUAAGAAGAUCAAGGUCUCACCAUUUGUCCUCAAUUCGUGUGACCGUAAGAUACUGAUAGCAUUGAGUCUUGAAAUGAUUUAAUAAUAUGAGUGAGGAUUUGCUUUCUCCAUUAGAGCAUUAAGCUAAAACUAUCAACAUUUUAAACCAAAUUGCCUUAUUUUUCUUCCAAACUUCAUAUAUGUCUAUCAGGUAAUAUAGGCUUGAAAAUUGAUAUCCUGUGGUGCUAAAGUACAGUAGAAAGAGAGGAGAAGUGUAUACAUGUUUUAUUUUAAAUUGUACGAAAGGGGAAUUUAAAAAAUACGUAACUGCUGUUUAUACAUUGGCUCCUUACUGCUUAUUAAUCUAUAUUGUACACAUGAUGGAAUGAAGCAGAAGCUGGGAGUCGGCCUUUCCUUGAGUAACCACCACAUGGCUCAGCAUCUGUGCCAAACAUAGGCGCUCCUAGUCUGGUCAGUGCCAAGAGGCUACCAGAACAUGUGGUAGGUGGCUGGUGUUGGUGUCCCAGCCUAAGAGCCACCUGCUACAGUUACCAUGGCAUGCUGAGUUGAUGCACCAGGUGGCAGCAGCCAUCCGUUAUUUCCAGUGGAGACCUAGCCCAGGCCAAGGUAAAGUUAGUUAAUAGCAUUGGGAUAUAGUCACUGUAAUGGUGCUAUUAACAGUCAACACCAUUGUAUUUUUUAACUUCGUGUUCUGUAUCUCCUCAGCCAUGUAUCUUAAAUGUAUUUUGUCAUCAUAAUCUUUAUGGUGGGGGCAGACUUUGCACUUAUUGCAGUGCAACACUUGCACUUUAAUUUUCCUCCAACUGUCUAAAAUUAGAGCAAAUACAUUGGCAAUACAGCUGCUUUUGCUCUGAGCUACAAUCAUGGCUUUUCAUGUUACUUACCAAGUGGUGUUUCUGGUUAGGAAUCACAGCUGUAAAAUUGAUUUCAGUUCAUUACACUUCUUCAUGAUGUUGCCCCUAAAUUUUGCACACUAUAUUCUUGUAUAUUAUUUCAAAUAAAUGGAAAAAAAAGUUACUUA